AUGUCUUGCAUAAAUGCUGAUAAUAAAAAACCUGUUCUUCAAACAACGAGUAAAGUUAUUGCGACCAUCGAUUCUUAUUAUCAACGUUGGAAGGAACUUUUUAUUGCAAAGUCAUAUCCAGUGGUACUCGAUUUUGCGCAGAAUACUCUGUUGGGAUUAAUGACAAAGAUUGAUAGCGGCCGUCUUCGCGUAUUAACCAAAGACCGUGUUUACGAGUUUGGUCCGAAAGACGCUAAAGAUCGUGUAGAAAUAAAAAUAAUCAACGAUUCUUUCUGGAUUCGAUUACUUCUGUUCAGUGAUUUGGGUUUCGCCGAAGCAUAUAUGUUGGGAGAUGUAACUUGCGACAAUUUAUUAACAUUGAUUAAGCUUUUUGUAGCUAAUCGAUCACAUCUCGAUGAACUCAACACCGGACCAACAUACAUCUUCAAUGGGAUAAAUUACUUGAUGAAUACCCAAUUUGUAAAUUCCGUUUCCAAUGCCAUCAACAACAUAUCCGCCCAUUAUGACAUUUCCAAUGGGAUGUUUGCCAGUUUUCUAAGUCAAGACAUGACCUAUUCGAGCGCCUUUUUCACAAAUGAAGAAGAAACGUUGGAGCAAGCACAAUACAAUAAAUUGAAAAAAAUAAUCAAAAAAGCAAAAAUUAUGGAGGAUGAUCAUGUCCUAGAAAUAGGGAGUGGCUGGGGAUCCUUUGCUAUCGAGGCUGUAAGGACAACUGGAUGUCGAGUCACGACACUGACACUCUCAAUUGAACAAAAGAAGCUUGCUCAAGAGCGAAUAGAAGCUGCCGGAUUUUCGGAUAGAAUCAAAGUUUUACUGUGCGAUUAUCGAAAUCUGCCGGCUAAACAUCAAUUCGACAAAAUCGUGAGCAUUGAAAUGAUUGAGGCGGUUGGACCACAAUAUCUUGCCACAUAUUUUCAAUGCUGCGAUAAAUUCCUUAAAGAAAAAGGUGGAAUCGGUGUGUUCCAGGUGAUUACCAUGCCAGAAACAAGAUAUGAUCGGUAUUGUCGCGAAGUUGAUUUUAUACGGAAAUACAUCUUUCCCGGCGGCCAUUGUCCAACCGUCACAUCUCUAGUCGCUGCAAUUCACAAAGGCUCACGCGGAAGAUUAAUCGUCGAAAACAUCGAAAACAUUGGUCCACAUUACGCGCGUACGCUACGAUUAUGGCGUGAACAAUUUGUAAACGUGUUUGACGAAGACAUUCGACCGGCUUUGCACGAUGAAUGGCCUGAUAUGUCGAUAAAGGAUGUGGAAAUCUUUAAGAGAAAAUGGGAAUUCUAUUUUGCCUAUUGUGAAGGUGGAUUUAAGAGUCGUAUCUUGGGAAAUGUUCAAGUAGUGGUCACUCGGGAAGGAAAUGAGGCAUUUUUGGAUGGGGUUCCGAUGUAA